GGCAUCUUUUUCUGUCUUCUCUUUCCCUGUUUCUCUCUCUUUCCACCUCCUGCCUCUUCCUUUUACAUCUCUCUCUGUCUCUCUGUGGUGAUGGCCACUCUUUUCAGACUGUUUUCUCCUCCUCCAGUUAUCACUGCGUUUCAGAACAGCCAUUUCUCCGUUCUCCUAUUCUCCUCCCCAAAAAUCGACACAAAUUCAAGAAAAAUUCGUUACAGAAUCUCAACUACUCUCUGGUUUAGGCCUACUCAUCCUUUAAAUACGGGAAUGCUAGCGGUUACGGAGGUCACCAAAAUCAGAGCAGCAAACGAGAAGAAAAUCAGAUUCGGAGAGAGAAACACAGAAAAACAAAAGAAAAUGAAGGGAUCUAUUAGCGGUGGUAUUACGGACGUCGAGGGAAAUGCUAACAGUCUUGAGUUCCAGAACCUUGCUCGGUUCGCCGUCGAUGAGCACAACAGGAAAGAGAAUGCGUUGCUCCAGUUCAAGAAGAUUGUGAAUGUAAAGCAGCAAGUUGUUGGAGGCAUGAGGUACUACAUUACUUUGGAGGCUUCGGACGGGCACACGACGAAGGUGUACCAGGCCAAGGUCUGGGUGAGGCUUUGGGAGAAUUUCAGGAGCUUAGAGGAAUUCACGCUUCUUGGCGAUGCUAAUUAGCUCGGUAAAGAAGCAAAUAAUUAUGAGGUAUGAUUGAAAUAUAUGAAUUAUCUUAAGUGAAAUUUAUUUUAAAAAUUUAUAUUUUGAGUCAACUACAAGAGAAUGAAAGUUCAACAAUAAAAAUUGAAAAUUUUUAACUUCAGAAGUUAGACUUUCAGUUUUUAAAAUUAAAUUUUUAUACUCUCAUUACUAAAUCAAAUACAAAUUUUUAAAUAAAAUUUCACAAGAAGAACAUCCAUUUGUUUCAAAAAUGGCAUGCAUCUUGAUAUUUUACUGGGUGAUAGUUAAAAUUGAGAAGUAUUCUUUUGAGAGAGAGAUAUAUAUAUAUAUAUAUAUAUCAAUAUAUCUAUGUGUGUAUCUACCUAUAUGUUUGUAAAUGUUGAGGGAAAA